GGUAAUGUAUGGUAUUGUGUGGUAACGAACUAUAUAUUGAUAUUACCACACUAUACCAUAUGGUAAUGUAUGGUAUUGUGUGGUAACGAAUUAUAUAUUGAUAUUACCACACUAUACCAUAUGAUAUUGUAUGGUAUUGUGUGAUAUUACCACACUAUACCAUAUGGUAUUGGGUGGUAACGAAAUAUAUAUUGAUAUUACCACAUUAUACCAUAUGGUAUUGGGUGGUAACGAAAUAUAUAUUGAUAUUACCACACUAUACCAUAUGGUAUUGGGUGGUAACGGAAUAUAUAUUGAUAUUACCAUAUUAUACCAUAUGGUAUUGGGUGGUAACGAAAUAUAUAUUGAUAUUACCACACUAUACCAUAUGGUAUUGGGUGGUAACGUAAUAUAUAUUGAUGUGUUAAAUUCUUUUCAUACCAUAUGGUAUGGUCAAUACCAGUCAAUACCAUAUGGUAUAGACUGGUAAUAACUGACAAUUUUUUUUAUGUCCAAAAAAUAUCAAAGUGGAUAUCAUUUUGAAGAGCACAAUUAAUCUGAUCUAACUGUGCAAAAAAAAUUAAAUUUCGACUUAAAACGAGUGAGAAAUCGUCCGUUAAAGAUUAAGGGAAGGAAAAUUAAAUGUUUUGCGAGGAGAGAGAAGGCGCUGAUGUGAUCCGGUCAAAAGUCAGCCUAAGCAAUAAAUAGGAAAAAAUGUCAUUUUACUGUACUGCCCUUUUCACAUUUAAUUUAAAUAAAAAAGUGUCUGACACGUGGGGACCAUAAAAGGGGGUUACUGAUGGGUUACUGACCCAUCAGUUACUGACCCGAUCUGCACCCAUUCGAGAGGGAAUUGGGAAAGCCAAAGCCGAAGGAGAUACAGACAAGGGAAGCAGAGCCACCGCGAGCGCAGACUCUCCCAGGGACCGGCUUCCACCGUCACGGACCCCCACCAGCGCCACCGGAUCUCGUUCCUCUUCCUCUUCGUUCCGGUACCUUACUUCCGAUUGUCGGACUUCGACUGCUUUCCGAUCCCCUCGCUCGUUCCUGUUUCUAUCCCGUGUAAUUAUCUGCUUGUUGGCCACCAUCCAAAAUUCCUCGCUUGCUUGCUUACUCGCUUCAUUCCUUCACUUUCGAUUGCUCCCGUGAUUACCCUUUUUGCCGGAGGGUCCAGAAAUUGAUUUUCCCUUGCCGAUACCCCUCGCUGUGAGCUCCGAAGUUUGUGAACCGCUGCUGUAUUGCUUGAGUUGGGUCUCCUCUUGCAAGUCUCGCCACCAAUAUCCGUUCUUAACCUCUUCCUCAUGUUCUUCCAUUUGCAUUACAGGGAUUCCCUGCUCCUAUGGAUCACAGGUGGCACAACAGCAAACAGGAAAGUAUCCCCAGAGAUAAGCGCCAUCUCGAUGCAGACCAGGAAUCUGUGAUUGAAGACCUGGCGGGGGGCUUCUUCUUACCCAUUAACCACAGACCCACAGAGAAUGUGGAUCUGGAAAAUGUCGAACAAGCAUCACUCGAAACCAAGCUGACAGCAUCUAAUGUUGGUUUCAGACUUCUUCAGAAGAUGGGAUGGAAAGGAAAAGGACUCGGGAAGAACGAGCAAGGAAUUGUUGAGCCAAUCAAAUCAGGAAUUAGAGAUCCAAAGUUAGGGAUUGGAAAGCAAGAGGAGGAUGACUUUUUCACUGCUGAAGAAAAUAUUCAACGCAAAAAGCUUGAGAUUGAAGUUGAGGAAACUGAAGAGCAUGCAAAGAAGCGUGAGGUGCUAGCAGAACGGGAACAGAAAAUCCAAACCGAGGUGCAAGAAAUCAGGAAGGUGUUCUAUUGUGAUCUAUGCAAAAAGCAAUACAAAUUGGCUAUGGAAUUCGAGGUUCACCUUAGUUCAUAUGAUCAUAAUCACCGGAAGAGAUUUAAAGAAAUGAGAGAGAUGCAUGGUAGUAGCAGUCGGGAUGAACGACAAAAGCGAGAAUUGCAGCGACAGGAAAAAGAAAUGGCUAAGUUUGCUCAAAUGGCAGAUGCACAUAAACAGCAGCAGCUUCAGCCAAAAGAGGAAGAAUCUGGAUCUUCAGCACAAGUUUCCAGUUCAGUGAAAACUACAACACCGCUCGUUGAUCAAGAUCAGCGCAAGGCAUUGAAAUUCGGGUUUGCCUCUAAAAGUGGCACUUUAAAGAAGUCAACUCCUGCUAGUGUUGGUAAGAAGCCAAAAGUUGCUCUUGCCUCUGUUUUCAACGAUGACAGUGAGGAAGAGCAGUGAGCAUUGAGGAAGUCUGGCGAUUCACAUGUACCGGAGAACCACCUUUCGUUAGAAGAAGCGCACAUUGUGUAGAAAAGAACACAGAACAGAACUGUCACUUAGUUCCUACUGAUUUGGACUUAUAGUAACUUGUUAUGUGAGGAGUGGAUGACGAUGCUUUAUGUUGGCAGUAGAAAUGCUCCUGGAAAGAGUGGUCUUGUUUCUUGGUUAUGUUGACAACGAGUAAAUCGUGGUGCUAGAG